CGAAGGGGAGACGUGGAGAGCGCCAGCGGACUACGGAUAGGUAGCUUGCAUUCAAAGCGCUACGGCAGAGCGGUCGGGGAGAGAUGAUGCACAACUUCAAGGUGAAAUUGAAGCUCUCCGGCAGUGAUUGUGCAGCGGAAGCUAGCUGGCGGUCUGCCCUGGCAUAACUGCUUGCCACAGAUACUUGGGCGUUUGAUGGAAAGCCGGGCCGUCCGAGUUGAACAUCUCAAUUGUGUAACAGGACAGACGUUCCAGAUGUUCCACAUUACCGUGUGACAUUGCGCUUGCUUACUUAAGCUUGGCUUAUAAUGUCUUGGUGGCAGCGUGCUCUUGGUGGGGAGGAAGGGGCUGAAAGCGCACCUGCAACUACUGAGAGUGAUACACAGGGAGAGAAAGGGCACACGGGAGGUGUGAGAGAGGACUUGACUGAAUUGACACAGUCCUUUAGCCGUGGCCUCCGAGGGUCCAGUGCAUUUGGGCUCGUGAAGGGGCUGGGGAGUUUCCUAGCCGGAGAACCCCUGCCUGGGGAUGAUGAAGAUGAUUUUGUUGACGGCCCUUCAGAGGGAGUGCAGCCGGUUGAGGCUUCUACCAGAGAAGCUGCCAGGGAGGAAAGUGCUCGUUUUUCUGGAGAGACCGAGGAGAGCGCAGGACGUCAGCCAAUUGAGGAGGGCCGAGAUGCCGAAACCAGCAGGAAAACAGAGGAGGCAGGCGACGGGAGUGUGGACACAGAAGAUUCUGCCCAGCCAGUGGUAGAACAUAAUCCCCCAAAGAUGAAGGGCCUCAAGGCCGACAUGUCAGAACUGACUGGGACGCUCAGCAGCAGCAUCAGCAGGUUCUCAUCAGUCAUCAAGGUCGUGACUGGGGAGGACCUCUUGCCAAGUCAUCGCAGGAGGGUUGUGUUAUUCGAGAAACGGGCGGAGGAUGAUACUUCUGCCAAGCCGGAAGAAAGCAGUUUGAGUCCCACCAAGACGAUUCCUUCUGAGAACCCUAAUUUUGGACCUGAGAGUGCCAGCCAGCUCGAGCUGGUGAACAAGCCCCCGGCCAACGCGCGUCCGGCAGACGGCGUGCAAAAGGAUUUCCAGGCGUUGACCGGGAGCAUUGCCUCAGGAUUUUCAAGGCUGGCAUUGCGCUUUCCGGACAUGCUCAGCUUGGUGAAAAGGGGCGAAGAUGAGGAUGAAGAGGUCGACCCUGAGGCAGUUGGUGUGACUGACGAGGUUGUCGCAUUCGCCACGAGCAUUGCGUCGCACCCUGAGACGUGGCUGGACUUCCCUCUGUCUUCUGACGAGACCGCAGAAGAGUUGGCGUUGACGGAGCUCCAAGAAGAUCACGUCUACGUCCUGGAGCAAGAAGCCCCCCAGAUCGCAGCGAUGCGAACGGAGCUCUGCCCGGCCUUCAUGUCCGAGGAGCGCUUCUGGCGGGUGUACUUUGUGCUCCUCGCCUCGCGGCUGGGGACCACGGGCGCCGCACAGCUACUGACACCUGAGAUCCUGACGGAACGGAAGCUGCUCCUGGAAAAGCUGCGGAAGGAAAGGGGACCCCUGCCGGACGACAAUUUCGAGACUGGGGUUCCAGGCCCUGCAGCUGAACAGGCCCUCCUUCACCCGGUAAAAGGUUCACCAGCAUCUAAGGAAACUGUCGACACGCCGGCAAACAAGGCCUCGCAGGCGGGCGACCGGCCAGCAACAAAGCAGACCGAUGUGAGCGCUGCAAAAGCGGUGGAGUCUGAGGCUCUGGAAAGAGAGGCCGGGGACGGAUCAGCGGCUGCAGGGAAGGUGGGCCCUGCUCAAACAGGGCCUCGUGAGGGGGCGGACGAGGAAGACGUGGAUGAUUGGUUGGACGACGACGGCGAGGGGGGCGGCGAGCAGGGGCAGAGCGACCCCCACGAAGAGGACGAGUCGUCGUUCAGCGAGUUGGAGGAGGAGGAGGAGGGGGCCAGCCAGGACGUCGUCCCGGUUUUGAAGCCGAUCGGCACGAGAGUAGCGGACGAUAACCGUUCGGCGGGGUCGUCUUCGGACCCUGCACGGGGCGCGGGAUGGGUGCAGUUGCACCGAACUGCGAGCCAGGGGUUGAAAACGGUGAGCAGCAGCAGUGAUAUGGAGCACGAGGAGACGAGCGGAGAAGGCAGCCCAAGCUCGCCCGCUGCGACGAGCGCGAGCAAUCACGGCGGGAGCCGGACCAACAGCGAAAGCGGGAACGAGUGGCUGACAGUAGACGCAGAAGAUGGGCGGUCGACUGUCAGUUGAAGCCGUGGCCCGCUUUUGAUGUCCUCUAGUGGGUGCGCUCUGAGGAGAUGUCGGCUGCCCUUACUUUGAUGUACCAGGUCGGGUUCGUUUACGAUAGUCUUUAGAGUUUCCGAGUCCGUAGGCCUUUCUUAUGCAACGGGUAAUACAGCGGGGUUUCAUGCUGUGUACAAAGCAUACCGCUCUGUACAACCUCCCUUUCAGAGAGCUGCUUGUCAAGUGAACCACUGUAGAUGUACAUAUUGUAGUUGGGUCGCAACUGGGACAGGAAUCAGGCAAACACGCACGAGCAGCUCAAUAAAUGUAUGUACAAGAUCAGCACUUUAAAUGGAACCGUCCUUCUGAUCCUACCUGUGCAUAAAAUGUAGCGAGGUUGUGAUCCUUAUUGAACUUACGUGGUUUGUUGCUUUGAUUCAGUUUCUUCAUGAUACGUCGUUUGCGUACAUAGAGUUCCACGAU